AUGUCCGACGACCACCCCUUCUACAAAUACGACCCCAACCGGGGCGCCGCCCUCGCCUACGCCAUCAUCUUCGGCGUCACGACCCUCACCCACAUCUACCAAUGCCUCCGGACAAGAACCUGGUACAUGACGGCCUUCAUCCUCGGCGGCUUAUUCGAAACAGUCGGCUACAUCGCGCGCUACAUCUCGAUCCGCGAACCGCGCUCAACAGCCCCGUACAUCGUGCAAACCCUCCUCAUCCUCAUCGCGCCCGCCCUCCUCGCCGCGUCCAUGUACAUGGUCCUCUCGCGCAUCAUCCUCGUCACGCAAACCGAGUCGCUCAGCCCGAUCCGGCGCACGUGGCUGACGCGCAUCUUCGUCGGCGGGGACAUCAUUUCCUUCCUCGUGCAAGUGCUCGGCGGCGGGAUACUCGCCAGCGGCACGACGGGCGACAAGCCGGACGCGGACCGCAUCAAGCUGGGGGAGAACGUCGUGAUCGUCGGGUUGUUCGUGCAGCUGCUGUUCUUCGGGUUCUUCCUGGUCGUCGGGCUGUGGUGGAAGAGCCGGGUCGGGCGGCGGGGGAUGGUGGCGCUGGCGGCGCGCGUGCCGUGGAAGAAGCAUUUCAUUGUGUUGAUGGUGGCGAGCGCGUUGGUGUUUGUGCGGUCGGUGUUCAGGGUGAUUGAGUACGUCAUGGGGGACGAUGGGUACCUGCUGGAGCACGAGGUGUUCGCAUACGUGUUUGACGCGGUGCUGAUGGAUGCGGUUAUGGUGCUGUACAAUGUGGUGCAUCCGAGCGACGUCACCAAGCCGUUGAAGGAGGUGCCGAGGGGCGAUGUGGAGGAGGAGUAUACGAUGUUGCCGGGACGGCCGGGACGGGAGUACGAAGGAGGGAUGGCUGGUGGUAUGGGACCGUAUCAUCAGUCUCACUAG